AUGGAGCCGACCCCUUCGGCGGGCGCCGAGCUGCAGCCCUCGUUCCUGCCUAACGCCUCGGAUGUCUACUCCAGCACCUUCCCCAGUGCGGGCACCAAUGCGUCGGGGCCGCCCGGGGCACGGAGCGCGUCGUCCCUUGCCCUGGCGAUCGCCAUCACCGCGCUCUAUUCGGCCGUGUGCGCCGUGGGGCUGCUAGGCAAUGUGCUCGUCAUGUUUGGCAUAGUCCGGUACACUAAGUUGAAGACAGCAACCAACAUCUACAUCUUCAACCUGGCCUUGGCCGAUGCGCUGGCCACCAGCACGCUGCCCUUCCAGAGUGCCAAGUACCUGAUGGAGACGUGGCCCUUCGGGGAGCUGCUCUGCAAAGCUGUGCUCUCCAUCGACUACUACAACAUGUUCACCAGCAUCUUCACACUCACCAUGAUGAGUGUCGACCGCUACAUUGCCGUCUGCCAUCCUGUCAAGGCCCUGGACUUCCGCACACCUGCCAAGGCCAGGCUGAUCAACAUUUGCAUCUGGGUCCUGGCCUCGGGUAUUGGUGUCCCCAUCAUGGUCAUGGCUGUGACCAGCCCCCGGGAUGGGGCAGUGGUGUGUAUGCUCCAGUUCCCCAACCCCAGCUGGUACUGGGACACAGUGACCAAGAUCUGCGUGUUUCUCUUUGCCUUCGUGGUGCCCAUUCUCAUCAUCACUGUGUGCUACGGCCUCAUGCUGCUGCGCCUGCGCAGCGUGCGCCUGCUGUCGGGCUCUAAGGAGAAGGACCGCAGCCUGCGGCGCAUCACGCGCAUGGUGCUGGUGGUGGUGGGCGCCUUCGUGGUGUGCUGGGCCCCCAUCCACAUCUUCGUCAUCGUGUGGACCCUGGUGGACAUCGACCGGCACGAUCCUCUCGUGGUGGCCGCACUGCACCUGUGCAUCGCCCUGGGCUACGCCAACAGCAGCCUCAACCCCGUACUCUACGCCUUCCUGGACGAGAACUUCAAGCGCUGCUUCCGCCAGCUCUGCCGCUCGCCCUGUGGCCGCCAGGAGCCAGGCAGUUUUAACCGGGCGCGCGAGGCCACAGCCCGCGAGCGGGUCACUGCCUGCACCCCCUCCGAUGGUCCGGGUGGUGGCGCUGCGGCCUGACC